AUGCUAAAGAAUAAUUUAGAUAACAGUUCAGACUUAAAAAAUGAAGAUGGCUCUGUCUUUUCGCAGACUGAACACAACAUUGUUGCAACUUACUUGAUUCUGGCAGGUGUGAUAAGUAUUCUCAGCAACCUAAUAGUUCUGGGCAUCUUCAUUAAGUACAAGGAACUUCGGACACCUACGAAUGCAAUCAUUAUUAACCUGGCUUUCACUGAUAUAGGGGUCAGUAGUAUUGGCUAUCCCAUGUCUGCUGCUUCCGAUCUGUAUGGAAGUUGGAAAUUUGGAUAUACAGGCUGUCAGAUUUAUGCUGGAUUGAAUAUCUUUUUUGGAAUGGCAAGCAUUGGAUUGCUCACAGUGGUGGCCGUGGAUAGAUACCUGACCAUCUGUCGCCCGGAUGUGGGGAGAAGAAUGACCACCACCACUUAUGUCAGCAUGAUUCUGGGGGCCUGGAUCAAUGGCCUGUUCUGGGCUAUGAUGCCCAUCACAGGGUGGGCCGGUUAUGCCCCAGAUCCUACUGGGGCUACCUGUACCAUAAAUUGGAGGAAAAAUGAUACAUCUUUUGUGUCUUACACGAUGACAGUGAUUGCAGUAAAUUUUAUUGUGCCCUUGACAGUGAUGUUUUAUUGCUACUACCACGUCACUCGAUCCAUUAAACACCAUGCUGCUAGUAACUGCACUGCAUACCUAAACAGAGACUGGUCAGACCAAGUAGAUGUAACAAAGAUGUCUGUAAUAAUGAUAUUGAUGUUUCUGGUGGCAUGGUCUCCUUAUUCAAUUGUGUGCUUAUGGGCUUCUUUUGGUAACCCAAAGAAGAUUCCUCCUUCAAUGGCCAUCAUAGCUCCACUGUUUGCAAAAUCAUCUACAUUCUACAACCCUUGUAUUUAUGUGGCUGCUAAUAAAAGGUUUCGGAGGGCUAUGUUUGCCAUGUUCAAAUGUCAGACUCAUCAAGCAAUGCCUGUGACAAGCGUUUUACCAAUGGAUGUAUCUCAAAGCCCACGGGCUUCUGGAAGAAUCUGAAAUAAGAGAAAAUCACACUGGGAAAGCAUUGUAGUUGUGGUUUUUUUUUUACUACUUCAAUUUUAUUUUAAAUACAAGCCCAUUUGGAUCAACUGCAGACAUAGUAAUUGUCCUGUUAGACUGGCUCAUUGUUCUGUUUGUGCCUUGGCGGUUAUAGUGCAUGUGUCUCUAUUUUUUUAUAUGUGAACUCAUUUCUCAGCUCCUUUGAUGCAUCUAGAUAUAUGAGAUUAAAAUCCUGUUGCUUUUCUUUCUUCUUAUCAUGACAUUCAUUACACCAGACUGAUGACUUACAACUUGCCUUAGUUCUCCAUUAGCCACUGUUUUAAUAUUAUAAUAAAUUAAUAAUAAUAAUUUACAAUCCUCAAUAAAUUAUUACUGAAAUGAGUGGUUGGACUUUCAAAUCUAAAAUAGAAACCAUUUUAUCAUUUUAAAACUUAAAUACUUAGAAUCAAUUAUUGACAACAUUGUUUAACAAAAAUAAUCAAAUAAGCAUUAAACUUAUAUUCAAAUCAUGUUGAUCAUUGCAAAUAUAUAGUUUAUCUAGCAAUGYGAUAUCUGUU